ACACACACACACACACACACACACACACACGCGCGCAUACAUCAAGCCUAGUAGUUCGUUUUUCUUUUUUCCCCUUAAGUUAUGAUUCAACACGCACACGCGGUCGUGCACGGCAAGUCGACGUGGGCUGAGGUCUGAGAGCCGUGCAUGGAACAGCUGGUACCCAUCUGUGGCUUCUGCUUUUCCUGCUCUCGCAGCCGCUGUGCUGCCCCGAGUCGCUCCAGAGACGGAGCCCGUGAUUCGUAGCCUCCAACAUCUGAUCAAAGACGCACGUCUACCGGCAGAGUACAGGGAGUCAUAGCGCUUAAUACAUCAACACCGGUGACAUGACGGCGUCAGAUUUACUUUCGGGUAUCGACGUGGAUGCGCUGAUGGCAUGGGCAGCCACGAACCCGGCUGUGACCCGGCUGCUCUGGGUCCUGGUCCUGGUCUUGGCCACUCUGCUGGUCUGGGCGCUGUUCUUCUGCUGCUACGCCCGGAGCCGCGGCUCCUCGCCGGCGCUGGAGAGGUACCUGGAAGUUAUGGUGAACCAGUCCAAGGCAAAGAGUUCACGCCAGAAAAAGAAGAAGACGAAAGAGAAGCAUGUUGCCUUUCUCCUAGAUGAAGAAGACAAGGCGGAGGAGGCUGUCGUCUCUAAACAGGAAGCAGUCACCUCUAGACAGGAAGUUGUCCCCACUGGACAGGACGUGGUCGUACCCUCUGGACAGCAGGAAGCUCCAGGUCCUGGACUGAGGAAGAGGAAGAGACGAGGCAAUAAAGCCGGAAUGGAAAAGAUGGCCGUCGAUGACACGGAAAAGGCCGGGGCGACCCCCCCCCAGCCCAUGGAGGAGUGGACGGGGCGUUCCGAGCGCCGGCCCCUGGUGCGGGCGGCGUCCGAGGAGAGCUCCUGCGGCCUCGACCGGAGCGGCGGCGGCGGCGGCGGCCUGGAGCGCGGCGGCGCCGUCAGCUCGUCCCCGGUGCGCGGGGACACCCUGCCCUGGAACCUGCCCAAGCACCACCGCAUCAAGCGCUCCAAGUCGGCCUCCGGGGACGUCCUGGACGCCGCGGAGAGGGCCGUCUACCGCAUCGCAGGAAUGGAUCUAACGGUGGUGAGGGUGUUUGACUCCCAGCAAAACGGUACUGGGUUCGAUUCCCAGUGUCCUUGUUCCUGUGAAUGACACACAUCUGAGUUCACUGUAAGUCGCUUUGAAAAAAGAAAAAGCGUCUGAAUCUAAAUAACCAGAGUUGCAGUUCUCUGGUUCCCAUCAUGUCCACUCGGCCCCUCUUGGUUCAGAGGUCAAAGGAAGAAAUUCCCUUACGCGACUGUUUUUACAGAAAGAAGAAGAAGUAAAAAAACGGAAGCAAGAAAACAUGAAAGGUCCCAAAUAUCCCCUCUCUUAAUAAUGAAUCCACCUGCUUGCCCGCCUCCAGUCAAGGUUCAAGGAUGACCCCCCCGUCUUAAACACCUGGUGUUGGAAAUCCUGAAGCUAAACCCAAUAAUCGAACAAACCGCCGUUUGCAGAGUCAGCUGAAACAUUCCUCCUGCUCUUGUUGUGUAACGUGUCAGUUAUGUGUGAGAGACAUUUUACCGGCGCCGGCAAUGUUUGGUAUUUGAGUUGAGUGACCUUUGUAGAAAAGGGAAUGGGCUUUCAAAGGGUCUAGUUUGACUGUAGGUCAUGGGGAGGUAAUACCCCUCCUUAGGCACAUCUGCACAUCCAGGACUCAUCUGUCAUUACUUUGUUGGAGACACCAGGGCCAUGACACCCUCGGGCUACACCUUAAGGCUACACCUUUAUGCUACGUCUUUAGGCUGCA